GCGUUUUGCGAAAAUCAUAUGUUUCUUUACAAUUUAAGUUGCGCGUUUUUGAUUUAGAUUUUAAUUCUUUACUCAGUUACUUUUUUACUUGAAUUCCAGUUUAAUAACACCAUGUCAUCGAUUAGUGUAUCAUUCACGCCAUUACCCAUGUCUUUAUUAAACGAUUUCAAUGAAGAAAAAUUAGUUGGUAAUUAUACUCUUCAGCUUGUUUCGAUACGCGAUAUAAGUAAGCCGCCAUAUGACCAGGAAAAUGAAUUUCUGCGGCUGGAUGAAGAACCAGAGGAAGGUGAUGUUGAUGAGACACUCAAAGGUAAAGUGUUCAAACCAUCUCAACCUGUUAAAAAACAAAACGACAAAGCUCAUGGACCGCGAAUGUUGUGUUUGAAUCUCAGUGAUGGUAAAAAUGUUGUCAAAGCCAUUGAACAUCAGCACAUAGCGUUUCUUAAACCUGAUUUACCCAUUGGUAGUAGGAUUUUAAUCAAAGGUCCAGUUGAUGUUAGCUUUAAGGUUUUAUUACUUCAAAGUCAAAAUAUUCAGAUCAUAGGUCCACCGUUACCAGGAUCAUCAUUACCUAAAGUGGAGUUAAAACCUGAGUUAAAACCUGAUUUAAAACCUAAAGUGGAGUCUCCGGUUUUGAUAACUUCACAAUCAUCCAGCCUACCUUCGACACAGUCAACUAUAAAAUCCUUAUCACAAAGAGGUUCAACUUCAAGCAUAACUAAUUGCAGUGUUCAAUCCAAAACACAGUGUGAUGAUAAAUCAAUAAUAGAUAUUUCAGAUACAACUGCUGAUGAACAUAUGUAUUAUCUCGAUGGAUUAGAUGACGAGAUUUUAGAGUGAAUUUCCAAUAAAGAUUGAUUUUUACUUGUUAAA